CGUUUCUCGGUAUUCGUCAGAAAGUCGUCGGAAGCUCUGACGAAAUUCCGACGAAUUCUUUUUUUCCGACGAAAUGAUACCGACGAACGAAUUCGUCAGAAAUUCGUCGGAAUUGGUCUAUUCCGACGAAUUUCUGACGAUUUCGGCCAUCAGAAUCCCCCUGUUUUUUGUAGUGACGGGCGGCGACUCCUUUGCUUUGGAGUUCAGGCGAAGAGGAAUUGCGUGGUUUCGUUGGAGGGGCUCUUUUUUAGGGUUUAGUUCAGAUCUAUUAGCAUCCUCAGAUUUUUCUAGUGGUCUCGAUACUCAGCUGCAGGGUUGUCCAGAGGAAGAAGAGAAAGUGUUAGUUGUCAAAGUCGGGUUGACUCCUCUGUUUGGCGGUUGCGGUGGUAUUGUAGUUUGCUCUGAGGUGGCGGGGGGUUUGGCGUUUGGUUCCCGAUUUCUUUAGUGUCGUGGAGAUGCGCUUCCUAUUCAUUCAAGCUAGGUGAGCUAUGGCGAUUGGUUAUCACGGAGGUGAGUUGUGGACGUCGUAUGCAUGCAGUGAUGGUACCCUGUCCUGGCUCCAGCUUGUUAGGGUCUGUUCAGUUCGUCGGAAUAUGGUCGUCUAUAGAAUUCUAGUAGCUGCUCGAUGGACCUUUCUCACUUCAGAUUCCUUGUUGAUUAUCACUUUAUAGCUCCUCUGCCCGGUGGCGACGGCCUUCCUUAUAGGAGUUCGACUCUAGGUUUUUUUUUGUUUGGCUGCUUCACCGUCAACACCUGGGGAAUGCUUAACGAGUCACGGGCAUCCGACCUUUGGUUCUUGAAGUCGGCCAAAGGCGUUUUAACUGUGGUCUCGAUCGUGAUGGUGUCACUUUUGAGCGAUGUUUCACAUCUUAGUGUCGAUUUUAAGCUAAAUUUUUUAACUCAUUGGUUUGCGAUUGAUAAUGUUCUUGGCUGCUUUGUGAAAUUCAUUAGAGUCUCUGGAUUAGUGUUUGGUGUCGAGGCCGGGCCAGGCCCGACUUUGGCGACGAAGGUGCGGGUGUACAGUCAAAACGCCUUUUAUCCUCUUUCUCUUUCAGUUCGUCUGGAGCUUCAGUGUCCGUGGGGGGUGAUUACGAGCUUAGACAAUUUCAUCGGGAGCUAGCUACACCCGAAAUGAUUCAGGAAGUCCUAGCAUUCAAAGCAGUGAGCUGAAUCUCACCUUCCCAAUAUAAUCGUCAAAGGCUGAGAACGGCUCUCGGUUCUCAUUGAGACCGAAUUUGUACUAGCGGAACGUGCCGAGUGUGAUUCGAACGAAACUAGUUAGGAAACAGUUAAUUUGAGUUAUUUUCUAAGAGUAGGAUUAUAAUCAUAAACAAAUUUCCGGUUUACGAGUCGACUGAAUAUAGUAAAUUAUUUAUAAAAAAUAUGUAUUUAGUGAAUAGUCCUAUGUUUGACUUGUACCGUAAGUUAUUUUAUUAUAGUGAUAGAUUAUGAAAACUACUAAGUUCUUCAACAAUUGCAUCGUAAGGUUUCCAAAUCAAUCACAGUUGCUGCAAUCCCACAUGUAAGGAACUUCGAUGAGGUAAAAUCAAGCAAGCAGAAGAUCCAUCUUCAGACUGAGAAGUAGUAGUCUGCUGGGGACUAGACCAGCUGGAUGACGUCCUAUAUAAUUGGAUCUUUAAUUUCAGCAAUGUUCAUGUUGGUGUGACCAGAUUUCAAAAGGGAUUACUAUCGUUUGAUGCAAUCUAAAAACAAAAGAGAUUAAUAUAUAUAUAUAUAUAUAUAUAUAUAUAUAUAUAUAUAUAUAUAUAUAUAUAUAUAUAUUAAUUUGAAUAAGAAUAUUAAAUUUUACUAGCUGAAGUUCCCAGGAAUGUAAACUAGCCGACCUCAGGUUGUGGACACAUAAGCCCAUUUCCCGCCACGCUGCUGGCUACGCCGGUUACUGGAGUUAGUUUUGAACUGAAAUUUUUGUUUUUGAUUUCGUCCAAUGCUUCAGAAAAUCCUCUCAAAUGGCCGGGUUUAUGUACUUCGGCACUUUCUGAACUUCCUAUUUUCGCUUCCACUAAUUGAUUUGACCUCUGUAGUGGCCACUCACGUAAUGGUGGAAAGCGUUUUUCACCUCCUCUAUCAAUCCCAAAUCUCAAGGGAACUUUUGCUUAAAAAAACAAUAUAAGGUUAAAAAGAAAUAAAAAUUCUUCUAGCUUUUAAAUUGGAUUUUAAAAAAUCUUCUAGUUUCUAAAUUGGGUUCUUCUCAUCCAUCUUUAUCCUCUACAACCGGCGGUAAUUUUCUAUAUAUGCAUAAUUUACCAUCUGAACCAUAACUAUACCAAAAUCUAUAUCUGUGCUAGGUUCAUCUAACUAAUCUGCGAUAUGAGGUUCGCUAGUAUUACCAUAAUCCAGUCGUUCUCCAGGAAGAUAUAUACCAAAUCUUAACCCGGCAUUAACCAUUUCAAAUAUAAAUGGUUGAAACAUCCAUCUUCUUAAUAUUCUUAUUAUUCUUACAAGUAGAACAUGCACAUAUCAACUUACCUGGUUUUGCUUCCACUUAUCGUUGGACUAACUCUAUAAAUUCACUAAUACCUUGUUCAUAUAUAUCUGUAAGAAAAAUUGUCUUCAGAUCCAUAUAAGUUUUAUCUAUCCAAGAACAAAUAAUUAGGAAAUUUUUUUUGGGGUUUGUUGUGACUUGAAAAUUAAUGAGGGGCAGAUGGUAUGUAUAGAUAAACAUGAGUGAAUUCCUGACGGAAAAACAAUCAUCGGAAACCGUCAAGAAUUUCUGGCGAAUUUCCAACGGGUUCUAUGUUUUAUUGAAAAUCUAUCAGGAAUUACAAUGGUUACGUCAAUGAUAGUUUUUUUAUCCUGAUUUCGUCAAGAAUUUCCUGAUGGACAAAUUUUAUCAGGAAGCCAUCUGAACUUCCCGAGGAACUGUGUUCAUCCCAACAAAUUUUCGAAUUUGCAUUUCUAACGGAAUUUCGUCAAGAAUUUCUUGGAAAUUCUCGACAAAGUGUUAGCUAUAUGAGAGGCGAUUGUUAAAUGCAAUGUGCAAGGAGUUAAGAAACUAAGAUGUGAAUUUGUGUCUUCACAGCUUAUCAGAGCGGUUAAGAGGGAAGAUUCAGCAUUACAACUUUAUGGAAUAGUUUAUGAUAUCAUUGUUUUUUUUCAUCAACAUAAAAAGGCUCAGCUAAGAUUUUGCAUACCAAGAUGGUAACUCCACAUCCAUAUGAACGGCAAAUGACAGUUGAUUCAUGGCACAACGUGCAAGACUAUAUGCCCUUGUAUUCUGCGUCCAGGGUAUAUGAAAGCUUUGAGUGAUUAAAAGUUCAUUUCAGGAUCUUGAUAUCUUCCAUAUAACUUGCAAAGUCAAGUCAUUCUUCUGGUUCUUAAUCUAUCUUCACGAAUUGAGAAUAAUCUGUUGCAAACGUGAUGUGGCACUGUCGUAAAUUGCUGAUACAUUUCAUUGCCCAGAUGAGCGAUUCUACUUCCAAAUGAAGUGGUGAGAGACAGGCCCUUGCAUUCCUUGUCCCUGUCAGUCCAUCAAAGCCUUCAAGCAUACUAUUCUAACCUUGUCCCGAGUGAUUAUCUUGUUCUUGUUAUGACCCAUCUGUAAAACACCAUCUUUCCGGUAUGGAAGGUAAACUUGUCACCUCAAGUUCCCUAGAUUGGGUGACACUUUGAGUGAUCGAACAAUGUGCCUCAAUCCAAAUUAAAGAUUUGGUUUCUGCUAAUUUAAGAUUAUCUCUAGGAUUAUUAUCUAUGUUGAUAAAAGCUUUAUUAUUUUUUUCUUCCCAAAUAUAUCAUAAAUCCCAAGCAAAUUGAUGCUCAUCCAUGUGCGGAUAAACCCUCCAGUAUAGGUAAUUUAAGUUUACGAAGAGUGAUUGAAAAGAAAAAAUGUAUGGGUUCGAUGAAACCUUUAAGAGAGUCCAGACUUGUAGAGCCGGUGGACAUUCAAAAACACAAGGUUUUUUACUCCCCGGGUUCUCUGCAUCUUGCACACUAUAUAUCCCUUUUUCCUCUCGCUCGCAGAUUUUCCCUUACUGAAAUACAUCCUAACACUAUCCGAUAUCAUUGCUUUGUCUAUUUUUUUGAUGCAAUUUCCUUUUGAUGGAUUUUGGGAGGAAAGAACAAACAAGCACUAGCUUUUGUUACAGCUUGUCAGAGCGUUUAGUGCUCAUUAAUGAGAGUUUGCUUUCCAGAAAGAAAAUUCGUUGUGUAAUGUAAUGUGUAUGUAAGAUUUAACGUGUGGUUUUCUUGUAUAUGUGUUAUAUACUUGCAUCGUUUUACAAUGCUAUAUUGUGCCAUAUAGUAAUUUUGAUUAGGUAUGAUCGAGCAAUUUUGACCGACAUUAGUCUAAGCGCCUAACGUAAAAUGUGCAGACUAUCACAUUAAAUAAACUAUUAAUAUUAUGCUAACACAGAAAGAAUGUUCUUAAAUCAGCUAAAUUAACUUCAACUUUGAUUACCACAAGUAUUUGUUAAAUCAAAACGUAGAAAUAUUAAUAAACUGAAUUUUGAAACAUAAAAACGAUAAUUAACCAUCAUCUUAAAGCUUUUAAGAACCACCAGAAGCUGCUUAGAAUCGCCUAAUGCUGCCUAAAGUUGAAUGUGAUGCCUAUUAACCCGUGUAGAACCAUACUACCUCCAUUUAAUAACAAAUCAUUUAAUUUUAACACGUCGAAAAUUAGUAUCCGGUCUGUUGACCGCAGAGUAUGUAUAAUUAUUCGUAGUCGUCAAACUAAAUCAUCCCUUGCAGUUUCUUGUAACCUUCAGAAAUUACUAGGUUUAUGUCAUAACCUUUUUAUACACACUUUAAUAUAUAUAUGAAGGGCUAAUGUAUCAUUGAUACGUACCAGAAUACUUUCACAUUUAGUUUCGCUACAACAAAGGUGAUGUUUCGUCUGUUCUGCUGUUUCAUCAGCUGCACCAAGAUAAGACCGUCGUCGCCUCAACCAAAAGUUGUUGAAACGGGCAAGAAAAUACCAGCAUCUCCUCCUCUAUCCAAAGUGGCCACAACGGAGAAGAAAAAGCCACGGCCGUCUCCGAGACUGCCAGUAAAGGCUUCAGGCCGUUGCAAACGCUAUGGUAAAAACGCUGGCGGUGUUGGAGGUUGCGGUGGUGGAUGUGGCAGUGGUGGAUGUGGCGGCGGCUGAUAGCUAGUUAUAUUGAAGACAUGAGGUUUCGUAGUUAAAUGUGAUUAUUUUCUUGUCGACAAAAAAAAAAGGUGAUUAUUUUCUUGUGCUUGGUGUGUUGCUUUAUUAAUUUAAAUAAAAUGGUUCAUAUACAAGUGAAUAAACACUUGUGUAAAUGUGAAUAUUUUGUGUUGCAUAAAUUUUAGUUUAUUAUAUUAGACUAGAUGCUCGAUUUUUUUUUUGUCAUCUGAUGCUCGAUUUUAUCGAAGAAGAUAUCACUAUAGUACUUGUUUAAAAGGGGUUUUAUGGAGAAAUUAAAAAAAAAAAGGUUUUAUGGAAGUGAAUUUUUUUUUGCUUGUUGCAAAUGUAACCUUAAUUGAUCAAAAUAUAGAUCAAACCCACAGUCAUAUUUAAAUUAUAAUAUGAACUUUCAACCAUAUACAAAUUGGGGUUUUUGCCAAAACUAACCCACAACUUGAUUUUAAUUCCAAACUUAUACCCAAACUUGAAUCAAAUGCAAAACUAACCUAAAAGCCUAGUGAAAUUACAGCUCAGCCCCUUGUGACCAAACAAAAAAACAGAAGCCAUUUUUACGAAUAUAGCCCCAGUAAAUCGUCUGAGUCGUCUGAGAUGUUGGAAGUCGUCUGGACGACUGAAGU